AUGAAAGAGUGCAGCCAGAGGAUCGCUGGCGAUCAUGCCCAGUGGCUCGUUGAUGUGCUUUUACCACAAGCUGAAAUUUCUGCUAUAUGUCAGAAGAAGAACUGCAGCUCUCACGUCAGGCGCGCUGUCGUCACCUGCUUCUCAGCGGGAUGCUGCGGUCGCCACGGCAACCGGCCCGUGCGCUACUGCAAGCGUUGUCAUGUCAACCACCACAGCAGCGAGGUGGGGGCGUCAGCGGAGACGCAUCUGUACCAGACGUCUCCUCCGCCCAUCAACACGCGCGAGUGCGGCGCGGAGGAGCUGGUGUGCACCGUGGAGGCGGUGAUCAGUCUGCUGAAAGAGGCUGAGAUCCACGCGGAGCUGCGGGAGUUUGAGCUGAACCGCCGCCGUCAGAUGGGUCUGUCUUCAUCCCAUCAUUCCCUGGACAACAUGGAGUUUGACAACAAAGAGGACGACCAGCACGACCAGAGACUGCUCAGUCAGUUCGGCAUCUGGUUUCUGGUGAGUCUGUGCACGCCGAGCGAGAACACGCCGACAGAGAGUCUGGCGCGGCUGGUCAGCAUGGUGUUCCAGUGGUUCCACUCCACCGCCUACAUGAUGGACGACGAGGUGGGCAGCCUGGUGGAGAAGCUCAAGCCUCAGUUCGUCACCAAGUGGCUGAAGACGGUGUGUGACGUGCGCUUCGACGUCAUGGUCAUGUGCCUUCUGCCCAAACCGGUGGAGUUCGCCAGGGUGGGCGGUUACUGGGAUAAGUCGUGCAGCACGGUGACGCAGCUGAAGGAAGGACUGAACCGCAUCCUGUGUUUGAUCCCCUAUAACGUGAUCAGUCAGCCGCUGUGGGAGUGUUUCAUGCCCGAGUGGCUGGAGGCGAUUCGCACUGAAGUUCCUGACCAUCAGCUCAAGGAGUUUCGUGAGGUCCUCAGUAAGAUGUUUGACAUUGAGUUGUGUCCGCUGCCCUUUUCCAUGGAGGAGAUGUUUGGAUUCAUCAGCUGCAGAUUCAGUGGAUAUCCAGCAUCAGUGCAGGAGCAAGCGCUGCUGUGGCUUCACGUUCUGUCAGAGCUGGACAUCGUGGUUCCUCUGCAGCUGCUCAUCAGCAUGUUCUCUGAUGGUGUGAACUCACUGAAGGAACUGGCCAAUCAGAGAAGAGCUGGUGCUGCAGACCUGUCAGGAAGCGCAGGAGUCCGCAGGGUGAGUGUGGUGUCAGACCCCGGCAGGAGAGGGCAGCACAAUAACCUGAGUCCGUUUCCCAGUCCGUUCCGCAGCCCCCUGCACUGCAGCCCCUUCAAGAACCUCGGCCACGCUGCCGGAAACUGCGCCCUGGACCUGGACUGCGAUGAUGACGACAUGAACCUGGGCUGCUUCAUCCUCAUGUUUGACCUGGUGCUUAAACAGAUGGAGCUGCAGGACGAGGCGCUGACGCUGGGGCUGGAGAGCAGUCUGGGCCGGGAUGUGGUGGGCAUCAUCAACAGCGUGCUGCAGGCUCCGUGGGGCGGCUCGCACACCUGUCAGAAGGACGAGAAGGCUCUGGAGUGCAGUCUGUGUCAGUCCAGUAUCCUGUGCUACCAUCUGGCCUGUGAUCUGCUGCAGAGACUGACGCCGCGCGAGGAGACACGUCUGGUGGAACCAUCCGAGUGUCUGGAGGAGAGUUUGGUUUUCCCUCAAACUGAAUUCAAUCUUAAAUCAGAGAAUGGAGCAGAUAAAGCAGACGCUCCGUCAGAAAACCCCGGCAGCCACAAUCCCUCUCCUGAGAUCCCGCCAUUAAAGAAUAGUGCAGACAGGAAGUUCUUGUACCUACAGCUUCCUGUUUCUCUCAAGCUUCUGUACACCGUUCUGCAGGAGAUGAGUAAUGUUGAGGAGCCAGACAUCCUCUUCAACAUGCUCAGCUGUCUGAAGAUCCUGUGUUUGCACGGAGAAUGCCUGUAUCACGCCAGGAAAGAUCAGCCUCAGUUCCUGGCCUACAUACAGGAGAAGAUGCUCAUUCCCAGGUACCACUUCAUAAUAACAGCAAACCUACCGUAACGCUCCAUGACGUAGUUAAAAUCAUAUCAUGGCAGAUUAUGGUCAGGUGUGUUUCUCUGAAUGGCACGUUUCAUAUUCAGAUGG